GUUGUCAAUAAAGCUUCGAUUCAAAGGCGGACAAUAUGGCGGAGUACGAUUUGACAACCAAAAUAGCACACUUUCUGGACCGGCAUUUGGUUUUUCCACUUUUGGAAUUCUUGUCAGUCAAAGAGGUAAAACAACUUAUGCAUAUCUACAAUGAGAAGGAACUCCUUCAGGGGAAGCUGGAUCUCCUCAGCGAGACAAACAUGGUGGAUUUCGCCAUGGAUGUGUACAAAAACUUGUAUGCAGACAAGGAAAUCCCACAUUCUCUAAGGGAGAAGAGGAGUACUGUGGUGGCUCAACUCAAGCAGCUCCAGUCAGAAACAGAGCCGAUUGUCAAGAUGUUUGAAGACCCAGAGACCACCCGACAGAUGCAGUCCACGAGAGAUGGGAGGAUGCUCUUCGACUAUCUGUCAGAGAAACACAAUUUUCGUCAAGAAUACCUCGACACGCUGUACAGGUACGCCAAGUUCCAGUACGAGUGCGGUAACUACUCCGGAGCUGCUGAGUACCUCUACUUCUUCCGCGUCCUGGUCCCCUUGACAGACAGGAACGCCUUGAGCUCUCUGUGGGGCAAACUGGCCUCUGAGAUCCUCAUGCAGAAUUGGGAAGCUGCCAUGGAGGACCUGACUCGACUGAGGGAGACCAUCGAUAACAAUUCUGUGAGCUCUCCUCUCCAGUCCCUCCAGCAGAGGACCUGGCUCAUCCACUGGUCCCUCUUUGUGUUCUUCAACCAUCCUAAAGGCAGAGACAACAUCAUCGAGCUCUUCCUUUAUCAGCCUCAGUACCUGAAUGCCAUCCAAACAAUGUGCCCACACAUCCUGAGAUACCUUACAACUGCAGUCAUCACCAACAAAGACGUACGGAAGCGCAGGCAAGUGCUGAAAGACUUGGUGAAAGUUAUUCAACAGGAGUCGUACACGUACAAAGACCCCAUCACAGAGUUUGUGGAGUGUCUCUACGUGAACUUUGACUUCGACAGCGCCCAGAAGAAGCUGAGGGAGUGUGAGUCGCUGUCAUCAAUAAAGGUACUAGUGAAUGACUUCUUCCUGGUCGCCUGCCUUGAGGACUUCAUUGAGAACGCUCGUCUCUUCAUCUUCGAGACCUUUUGUCGAAUUCAUCAGUGUAUCAGCAUCAGCAUGCUGGCAGACAAGCUCAACAUGACGCCUGAGGAGGCGGAGAGGUGGAUCGUCAACCUCAUCCGUAACGCGAGACUGGAUGCCAAGAUUGACUCCAAACUGGGUCAUGUAGUGAUGGGAAACAACGCGGUGUCGCCGUACCAGCAGGUGAUCGAGAAGACCAAGAGUCUGUCCUUCCGGAGCCAGAUGUUGGCGAUGAACAUUGAGAAGAAAGUGGCUCACAGCAACAGGAUUGAGACACCGAACUGGGCUGCUCAAGACUCCAGCUUCUACUGAAGCGGAAUCCAAAGAAGAUGCACAUGACUCCAUUAUUUAAGCUUUUUAUUGUAUUUAUUGUAUUUAUUUAUUUAUUUUGUAUUUAUUUAUUUAACUGUUUAACCACCAUUGUUGUUUUAAACUACCUGCUGCUAGCCUUCACUUUAUGUUAUUUAUUAACUUCCACACACAAAUAAAAUAUCCACAGAGGCACCCAGCCUCAAGAACUUCUCA